AUGCACAGAAAAAAGAUGGACACUAGAGGAAACUACGUGGGAAGAACCAACAAGAAAAAGAGGAAGAGGGCAUCCAGAAAAAGCCUCAAGAAUAUUAGUAGUGACGACUGGCGAGUGCGACGCAACGAGCGCCGUUCAAGCCGCGCCAAGGCCGUGCCAAGGAUUAGCAGUGGGCGGGCGCUGGUCCCUGCUGCUCGCAUCGUGUGCUCGCUCCCCUCGCAAACACGGAACUGCGCAACAGCAAAGCCCUCCAAA